AUGACUGAACAUGAUCUGAAAGUGCUCGACACCAUUGACAGUCCAGAAUACAUCUCUGGCGAGUUAUCAGAUGACGAACUCGACAUACCAUCACAUAUGAUUCCACCGAAUCCGGACGAUUCUGACAUAUUGCCUUCUCAGGUCCAUCCCUCAUAUCCCUACGGGAAUCCAACAAAUAUCAAGCAUCCAGCUGCAAGACCGAGACCACCAUAUGACCCAACUUCUCGGGCGUUAUUCGAGGACAUGGGCUAUGGCGGGGGUGGUGUGAAUGGCUCUUUACGCUGGAGAGACCUUGCUUUGGACCGAUUACUACCCGUCAAUGAUGAGAAAGAAGAGAUGAAGAGAGCAGCCGAGGCAAGAAAGAUGGCCAAUGGUGCUACG